UUAUCUAGUUUUGUUAUCUUAUCACAUAAACUAAAAAUUCUCUCACUUUCUCAUAAAUAUCUGAAAGAAAGAAAUGACAGAAAUAUCAAUUAUGAGGAUUGAUAGAAAAUCAUCGAUAGAAACUGAGCCUAAAACCCUUAAUUUCCAACAAGUUCAAUCUGCAAGGGACGCAGCUUUGUACGUGGUAAAGUCAAAGACCAGGGAAGAAGCCAAGCAAAUAUUUACAGAGGGUAUGGCGCCAAUGGCAACCGCGGGAAGCGACGACACAACUACAACAGGAACAAGUGAGUAUGAAGAUGAAGAAGAAACAUAUCCAACAUAUACUAGACGGCAAUAUGGGUUGGAGGCAUUAAGAGAGGUGUUUACUGCACCAUUUUAACUUUUUAAGAUAUCUUCAGUUCUCCUUCAUGUAGCAAUUAGUAUUGUAGUUGUAGACUUGUAAUGUACCCAAAGCUGCUUCUGUACCUGGUACCACCGGCCUUCUUUUUUUGUGUGCUAGGGGGAGUCCCCUUCGUACAGAAAGUAAACAUGGGUUUCUCUUUUCUGUGGUCCACUUAUGCAAUAUGGACAGUUUAGACUUUAGCAUUAAUAUCUUAAUAUGGUUUUGAUA